UAAACCCUUCUUUAUUAUUCUUACCAAUAUCAUCCUCAUCAUUAUCAUAACAUUCAAGUUCAAGAAAGAAAGAAACUAUUAUGGCUCAAGCUAUGGCAUCAUCAAUGGCUGGUUGUUUACGUGGCUGUUCAUCUCAAACUGUGUUAGAAGGAAGCCUUCAGUUGAGUGGACCAAACAGGUUGAGUUUGUUGCAUGGAACCACCAACAACAGUAACAAGGCUACAACACGUUCGUUGAUGACUGUUAGAGCUCAACAACAGGAAAGUAGUAGAAGGGCUGUGAUUGGUCUUGUUGCUACUGGUUUGGUUUCUUCUUCUUUUGUUCAAGCUGUUUUUGCUGAGGCUAUUCCUAUUAAAGUUGGUGGCCCUCCCGCACCUUCUGGUGGCCUUCCUGGAACACUGAACUCUGAUGAAGCAAGAGACCUUAAGCUACCAUUGAAAGAAAGGUUCUUUCUUCAACCAUUGCCACCCACUGAAGCAGCAGCAAGAACCAAGGAAUCAGCAAAGGAAAUUGUUGCUGCUAAGAAGUUCAUUGACCAGAAGGCUUGGCCAUUUCUUCAGAAUGAUCUCCGUCUCAGGGCUGGCUAUCUUCGAUAUGACCUUAAAACUAUCAUCUCUUCAAAGCCUAAGGACCAGAAACAAUCCCUCAAAGAACUCAGUGAUAAGCUCUUCAAGGAUAUCGACAAUUUGGAUCAUGCAGCAAAAAUAAAGAGCCCUGCAGAAGCUGAGAAGUACUAUGCUAUAGCUGUAUCUACUCUCAAUGAUGUUCUUAGCAAAAUUGCUUAAUGUGAAUGAUUUCUUGCUUUCUUGUGUAAACUUUGUCUAUGGUUUUUUUAAGACAUUUUAUGUUUAAUAACUACUAUUUGAAGAAAAUCAAAUGAGAAAAAUUGCUAUAAGCAAGCAGGAAAUUAGUAUCA